AUGGUUUUGACAGGUGAAGGAUUGGAGAAGGACUUGAAGGUGUGGGUUGUGGGGCCCAAAACGUGGGUAAUUACUGGCAAACGAAGGCUGUAUAUAAGAAGAAAACCAGCCGAGGACGAGGCUUUGGCUGUGUUGAUCGUUCCUUUGACUGUUCUGAUCAAAGCUCUUCGCGGAACUGUUUUCGUAGUUUGUGUGAAGAUGAUGCGAAUCGUUACACUCUCUGCACUUGCCGUGGCAUCCGUGUUGGCACAGGAUUGCUCAUCAUCGGCAGGCACUAAAGAAGUAUUCGGCCAGUAUCUCUCAUGUAUGAAGAAAAGUAUCGACCAGAACUACAUGCUGUACGAGAACGAGAUCCGAGAGCACGGAAGGUCAGGAACACUCCUUCCUUUGAAUUGA